CAGAUAAUAAUCCGUAGUUAGCCCAAUUCGUUCGUCUUCUCCGACAAGCCGAAGCAGCAAUGAGCGAAGCGAAAGGAAAAAUGGAAGAACAGAAGCGCGGCACAUCGAGUCACCCGCCAAAUAUCUCCGACAUGAAACCCGUUACACACGAGGCUUACGGCGGCGGAAUGUACGGCAAGGACGACGUCGAAGACGGCGGGCAGGGGCAGAUGAGGAAGCCGCCGGCGAGCGAGACGCAGAGCGCCGAUGGGAUUUGGGACCGGCCGGCGGAGCCGAAGCACAAACCUCCUCCUUCCACCGGCGAUCGUGAUCUCGACAUCACAGGCCUGUCUUACAUCCAAUAAACAACUGAAAGGAAAUCUUUUUCUUAUGGAUGCUCGCAUUAGGAAUGAAUAACUCUAUCUCAUUUAUCUUGAAUUCAGAUCUAUGUUAUGUUUGCAGAGUUUUUGUUUAUAAAGAUCUCAAUGCAUAUUUAAUGGACGUGUAGAGGAAAAUUUUAU